GAGAACUUGAUUGCCGUAGCAGAAGGCGGGUCCCCUCGGGGUUGCGAGUUUGGCACGCUUACAUACAUUGACAAUAAACUCUUCCUUUUCGGAGGAUACAGCUCCAUAGGCCUUGUUUCGUCGGAAAUAUGGGUAUACAAUAUCGAGGCAAACAUGUGGGAACAGCCUCGAACAAGCGGUGGGGAGCCUAGUCCACGAGAAGGACAUAUUGCCAUUAGGAAUGGCCACAGUAUUCUUAUCGUGGGUGGCUGCGAUGUUAGCCGAGACGUGCAGAAGUGCUACAAUGAUGUAUGGAAGCUGGACACAAGCCGUAUGUUGUGGACUCUUCUUUCUGCAUCUCACCCACUAUUCGGCGCUCGGGAGCAACACACAGCCCAUCCAAUCAGCGGGGGACGAAUCUUGGUCAUAGGCGGACAAAAACUGUUCGCUCACGACUACCAGGAUGUUGUAAUGUUCGAAACUGAGAGUUGCGGUGGGACACCGAGUUGUUCAGGGAACGGAGCAUGCAUAAAUGGAAGUUGCUCCUGUAACAGAAACUGGGUGUCUCACGACUGUGGCGAGAAAGAUGGCUGUCCGCUGGGAUGUCGCGGACACGGAUUUUGUUUGAGUGGAGUAUGCCAUUGUCUGCCAGGGUUCUCCGGUGAAACAUGCUAUAGCGGAAAGCUAUGUCCCGGCUCUGGUUAUAAAGGGGACUGCAAUGGCAACGGAACUUGUAACAGUGACGGGAUUUGUGAAUGCAAGCGUGAAUUUCGAGGCUCUGGGUGUGAGCAACUCACGGAACCGGGCGGAAGCCGCACCGGACAGCCAGCGGGCACGCCAGUGACAGACUCCUCGGAGCUUCCCGGCUCUCCCGAGCCCGAAGCAGGGAUCUUUGGUAUUCCAGUUUCCGGCUUGUCUAUGCUGACAACGAACUUGACGGAAAUGGACGAACCACCGUCUGUGCAGCGCAACAUCUCGCUGUCAUCUGGAGGUGCCCCCGAUGUCAUUAAUGCCCUUGAACCCCAAAUUCCUGGCAUGCCGAGAACAGACAUACCUAUUCCUGAAGCGAAGAUUCAGCCACCGCAUGCGAACAUGCCAACAGUUGACAUACGUUCGCCACUACCAAAUCCCCCCAGCUACGAAGCAACCAUUCCCUACAUACCAGUCGGCAUGAAGGUUGUUGUUGGCGCACUAAGCAUUCUGGCGGGUGGCGCUACAGUUUCUCUUAUGUACGCAGUCAACCAGAAGAGGAAAUGAAGUGUUCGCUCUUUGCUGUUACCCAGGCAAUAAGCGAAUCGUCAUGACGCGGGAUGCCAUUUAUAAGCUGGGUGGCCGAACAGAGAAGCGAAAAUGACACCUAUUUAGAAACAGCCCAACCGGAACAGUUCUUCUGUCCAGCGACCCAGACAACCACGUUUCCGUAUUUGUCUAAAGUUAGCGAGAAAGGAAUUCUGCCUUCAGCCUCUUCACGCGCUGGCACAUUGACCGGCUGAGAUGAUUAGUGAAUACAAGCAAGCGACGAAGCAGCGUCCAAAGAUCGCUUCAUUCUCCUUCAAGAAAGAAAGGGUGACUUCCUACUCCAUUCAAAAGCACCCUUGACCCCACUCCAUGGGGGUGACGUGCUGAGCAGUCCACCGCUCUUUUUUCGCUUUUUAUACAGCCGGGGUGACCUCACGGCGAUCUAUCCGCAGAGGAAACUUGUCUUGCAUGAGCAAGUUGCGUAAUGUUGAAAUCACAACUAUGCUUAUAUUCUCGGAGCCCUGUGGAGGCAUUCAGUGUCCCACUGGUGUAGCACGAACUUUCUCUGUGAAGCUAUUACAAAAAUCAUACAGAUAUCUGACAGUUAAAAGAGCCUGGCCCCCCAUAAUACA